AUGGUUUCGCUGGUCGUCCUGGGCAGGGGUGGCCGUUGGGAGCAGGCGUGCCUGAUGCUCCAGAAGAUGCAGCUGGCGCGCGCUGCUGUAGGCCCGGUGGAGCUCAACGCGCUUCUCAGCGCCUGCGCAGACAGGGCCCGUUGGGAGCAGGCGCUGGCGGCGCUGGACUCUGCGGCCAGCCAGGGCACCCUGCCGGACACGAUCAACUUCAACGCCACGAUGAACGCUUGCGCCAGGGCCUCGCGGUGGGAUGCCGCGCUGCGGUUGCUGGCUGGAGUGGCUGGAGCGGCGCUGCGGCCAGAUGCGGCCAGCUUCAGCACCGCAAUCAGCGCGUGCGAAAAAGGAAGCCGCACAGGCCAGGCAUUGCGCGCACUGGCGGCCAUGCGCUGUGCAGCCCUGCAGCCAGACGCCGUAGCUUUCAGCGCUGCGGUGAGCGCCUGCGAGAAGGGCGGCUUCUGGGAGUCCGCGCUGCAGCUCCUGGUCGACAUGCGGCGCGCUUGGGUGCGCGUGGACGGCAUCGGCUGCAACGCCGCCAUGAGCGCCUGCGAGAAGGGCGGGCGGUGGGAGCUCGUGCUGUGCCUGCUCCGCGACGCCUCGGCCGCGGCAGCCCUGCGCGUGGACCCUGUGGCGUUCAGCGCGGUCGCGGGGGCCUGCGCGCGGGGCGCGCGCUGGGGCGCCGUGCUGGGGCUUCUGGCGCACAUGCGGCGCGCCACGCUCGGGCGCGACGUGGUCUGUCUCACUGCCGUGGUCGAGACGCUGGAGCUCGGCGGUGUGCCGCACCUCGCCCCCUCCGCCCUCGACGAGCUGUGCCGCCUCACUGGGGCGCAGAUGGCCGUGCCCCCGCCGGGGGUGGCCCGCGCCCGCGCCCACGCCGCGUCCACCGGCGCGCUGGCCACGCUGCACGGCAGCGGCGCGGCCCCC